AUGUCUAACUCGUGUUUAUUUGAAGAGGAUCAACGCAUUGGAAAUUCUACACUUCACAAAACUGGACUCUACAUUGGAACAGCGGGCGUGGUUAUCAUGACCGCGGUGAGCGUCGUGAUCAUCUUACUCAACACGAUUAUUUUAGUCACUAUACUGUGUUACAAGAAGCUCCACUCAGUGUCUUACUAUUUCUACGCAAGUUUUACUGUCGCUGACUUCUUGGUUGGCCUGGUGAUGUUGCCCGUUGCCAUGGCAUUGAAUAACUCGCCGGAGAAAUUCCACCAAUAUUGGCUGUGUAUUAGUGUGUCGUGCUUGCCAGCUUUUGCGAUUGUGACAUUUAUGUUACAUAUGGUAAUCACGUCUUUUGACCUUCACUAUAAGAUCAUGUAUCCAUUCAAAUAUCCGAGGAAAAUGACGAAAAAACGUUGCUUUAUUACAAUAUUCUCUGUUUGGUUCUGCGCAAGUGUUGUCAGUUUCUCCCCUGUCCUCGGAUGGAAUACUUAUUGGGAAAGAUGUCUUCUGCCUGGAUUUCAUUGUUCUCCGAAAAAUGUCUUGUCUGUUACGUACUUUUGCAUCAUCACUUACGUCAUAAUCGUUCCUUGCAUCAUCACCAUCGUCGUUUUCAACGUCAGGGUUAUUCGCCUCGCCAAAAUAACCGUGCAGCAGAUCAAAAUAAGUCGGCCCAAAAUGGCAGACAGCGUAACAAACAAAUACAACGCAAGUCGAAAGAGCACGAUUACAUUACUGUUUAUUUUAUUUUUUCUCUCGAUAUUCUGGCUGCCGUUCUUAGUCAUACUGCAAAUCACGCUGAUUUGCUCCGACUGUGCGCAGAAUUCAUAUGUGGUUAUCGGUAUGUUGGCUGCGCUUGGCAGCGCAGCGAUGGGUCCAAUAACGGCAGUGCUAAGGCACAGGGAAUAUCGACACAUUGUACGGAAACUCGCCGUGGCAGCCUGUAAUGCCAAUUGCUGGCGUGGCUGGUCAUCUCAUAGAGCUGCCGCUGUGAAUCAGAACAAACAUCCGUCAACAACGACCCAGCCAGACACCGUGUCAUCGUACAGCCCGGGGGAAAAGCUCGAAAUGUCAAACGAAGUUGCUUUAUAA